UUUAUAACCAGAACAUUGAAAAUAUCCUAUUUGGCGUAGUUAAUAGGGCAAGUUAAUAGGUCUGUUUACUAGAGUGAAGCGUGGGCAGUCCUUUGUUUAUAUGAUGGACCCUAAAAUCCAUAUAGCCUGCUGUUGCAAAGCAUAGCCUACGUCGUAUUUUCCAGCAUGCACAAAAACAGACGGAGGUCUAGCAACAUGCACAAAAAUGAUGAGUGAUGGAAAGAUAUUAAAUGAAUCAACAGCACACAUGCCUGUCUGUGAUGUAGGGCCUAAGUAAUUAAUUGACAUUUAUUGGGAUACCGCAACCAUAGGUUGUCCUAUAGGUUAUGGACUGUUCAAGUCCGUCGCAGCUUGCGCUUGUAACUGUUGCCACAGCAACCACUGAGGAGAAAUCUGUGCCGGUCCUGAUGCUACCGCGCGCUACCGCAUUGAGGGGGAUGUAGCAGUCAGACUCGGACAGAUGGGACCUCGAGAUCGACAGUGACUCACCGACAGAGUGCCACAGGGAGGAGAAAGCGUGGCGGCGACAAGACUCAUUUAUCUUAGACCUUGACGGAAGACACGAUCACACGUUUAUCAGGUUGUUCUACGGAUCAUAGGUGAGAACACAAUGCUGGAUCUACUCCCCCGAUAAGACCACCUCUACACUCUCUACACCCAUGGAUAUCCAAAGGAUGCAACAUCUUUGUCCUUUGAUACUGUGAGAAAGAAUUACUGUCUAAGAUGAAAAUGUUUUUAUCUCCUGACACUGUUAAUUUCUUUUCGUUGGACUUUGCCUUUAAUGAGGACUUUGAAAUAAGGGUUGUUGUCUCCAUGAAGUGUUGAGAUGCAUGCUGUGACAAAGAUAGUGCCAGAUCUGCAGCUGCAAGGAUUGCAGAGAAACAAUGAGACCAGUCUGUUUUAGGUUGCUUGGCAGAGGUUGGCAUAGGUGUGGGGCCAGUGUAACCUGUUAAAUUACAAGCUUUGUCUUCCCAUUCCUCUGCUGUCAAAAGAUAAGCUUGCGCUAUUGAUAUAUUCUGCAACAAAAAUAACUUUUUACAUGUAUGCAUGAACUGUGAACAUAGUGAAUUCAGGGUAUUCAGGAUUUUCCAGGGCUUGCCAAAAAGAAAUCAGGUAAUUUCAUUCAAUGUUUUGUUGAUAAAAUAUAUUUGUAAUUUAAUGUGAAUGUAUUUAUCAAAUAUUUCUGUGAAAAGCUGUAAACUACAUUAUUAUCUGUGACUUGAAUUAAGACUACCCAAAAUUCUGCCAUUUUCCAAGUGGAAUAACACUCUAAAAGUAUGCUACAUAUCUUCACUUUUGAAAGAAUCUUGAAUCAGGGACAAAACCAAGAGAGACCAUAAACCGCUGUUGAAACUGCUUUAGGAUCACUUUGGAACAUUAGCCACAUUCCCCAGCUGCCCAAUAACUCCCAUCCUCACCUACAUUCCUUCCUGGCUCGCUGCUGGUCAUCACUUCCUCUCUCAGGAUGAGCCAGAAGCUGGAGGUGGAGGCAGGGGAGGGCUGCCAAUCUCUGGUCUACACUGUGGAGGAACUUGAGUGUAAGAUCUGCUACAACCGCUACGACACACGCACGCGCAAGCCCAAGGUGCUGGGCUGCCUGCACCGCGUCUGUGCCAAAUGUCUGAAGAAGAUAGUGGAGAUGGGCGACUCCUCCCCCAGCCUCAUCAGCUGCCCCUUCUGCCGCCAUGAGACCCACGUCCCAGACGAGGAGAUCUGGCUGAUGCAGGACGACAGCAACAUCCUGGCCAUCCUGACCUACCAGGACCGAGCCAGGAAGAGUGGCUCCGCCCCGGCCGGGGAGGUGCUCCUGACCCCCAACAGCCUGGGUGGCGAGGUGGGCGGAGGUGGAGGAGGGGGUGGCUGUGUGACUGGCAGCGGAGACCAAUCUCACAGCUCCUCAGACUGUCUGGUCAUCACCAUCAUGGAGGUCCCGGGGGAAUCCCAGUCGUCCGACUCCAUGAGCAUGCUCAACAUGGUCCGGCUGUACCGGCCGCCCAGCCUGGACUCACUGCCCUGCCACCUGCCGGUGCAGAAGUGUCGCGCCUGGACCUCGCGGAGCUUCCCCCGCUUCCUGCUGGGUGUGCUGUGUCUCGUCUACUUCAGCUCCCUGCCGCUUGGCAUCUACCUGCUGAUGAUCCAGCAGCUGACCCUGGGUGUGAUCCUGGUCAGCCUGGUGCCCACCACCCUGGUCCUCUGUGUCUUCUAUGGCUUCUGCCAAUGCCUGUGCCAUGAGAUCAUGGAGUCCAUAGCCACAUAGCACCAUUUCUUACAGCAAGGGUUGGGGUCCAUUCUAAUUUAAAUGAAAUUUAGCUGAUGAGAGGAACUGAAAACAACUUAUUUGAAUUGGAGGGAUGAAAAACCUCAUUUAAAAGCAGACUUUAAAAACAAAUUAUUAACCGAAUUCUGAAUGUAUUAGGAUUUAAUAGUAAUUAGUGUUGACCCCAACCCCGGCUCAUAAGGACCCCUUCAUCCCGCAACCAUAGACCUGGAUAGAAAUAGUAUAUGUUUUCACAUGCAUGAAAAAGAUAAUGUGCUGCUGAUUUAGUUCGCCCAGAACAAAACCAUCCCCAAAUGCAGACCUUGCACUCAGAUCCAUCUGGGAAAACAAAAUCUGGCACAUCCAUCUAAAAGAACACAUAUCCUAUUGAUACCCUGGUCUUUCCAAGUACUUACAAAUCUCUGGACCUAGCGAGCCCUGUAAAACGCCAAAUCAAUCACCGCUACCCUUUUCUUUGUAAGAUACCUCCCUAUCCACCCCAAUUUUCCACCUCUGAAAAUACCAGCACUUAACUGAUAUGACUGCUCAUGGAUCUGUCUGUCGGGCUUUUCUUUUGAGCCAGGGAAGUCGAGAGGCAAGCGUGUGUGCGAGAAGGCCCAGCCAUCCUGAACGUUUUUCUACAACACAGCUCAACCUGCAUCAGACUGCUGUUCGAUGUUUGUGUUAAUUCUAGUACCCGAACGGGCCUGACUUCUUAUUAAGCUGUUAAGAUCACUGUCACUAUAUUGGAGAAUAUGUUCCUCUAUCUUGUACUAUUAUGGUCCCUUACUGCAGAGAGUGUUUGAUCUACUGUAAUGGAACCACCAUCGGCUACCCUUGGGUACAUUAUUUUGAUACUCCAUAGGUAAAGGAUGUAUUCAGUCAUACAGCAUAGUUUCCAUGUAUACUGUUAAAGUUCCUAGUUGCCUUCGUAAGGCAUGUCUGUCCUGAAGUAACUAAACGUUGUAUAAUGAAUUUGUCUGUGGCAAUGCAAUGGGAAUGGACAAACCGCCUAAACUGU